AAACCCACGUCAAUAAUUAAUCUGUAAGAUGCGCCAGCAGCAGCUAUUGGCCACCAUAACCACCGCCAUCGCCACCAUGAGUCCCCCUUGUCCUCCACCUCCACCGCCACCAAAACCCAAAUCUACGCCGAUUUCCGGCGCGUGCAGCUGCAAGCACUCACCGUCGGCGACUCUGGACCUUCUCAUUCUCAUAUUAGUGCUCUUCUCUGGCGCGUUCCUCCUCUCAUCGUAUUUCUCCUACAUCUUCAACUCCCUCUCCCUCCUCCUCGCGCAAUCGGCGCCUAACCUCCACCAGCUCCCGAUCUCGUGGCUGCUAGGGUUCUUCACCUUCUUCGGCGUCUCGAUCGUGAUCGUCGAUUUCUGGUGCGGCGCGCGAUCCAGGAAGUGCCGGGCGCCGGGCUGCAAGGGCCUCAAGAAGGCGAUGGAGUUCGAUUUGCAGCUGCAGACGGAGGAGAACCUCCGUUGCGGCGCCUCCGAUGAGAUUGACAGGCUGCCAUGGAAGGGCGGCAGGGAAGGCAAUCCUGACUACGAGUGCCUUCGGUCUGAGCUCAGGAAGAUGGCUCCCGCCAACGGACGAGCCGUCUUACUCUUCCGAGCGCGUUGCGGCUGCCCCAUUGCCAAGCUCGAAGGUUGGGGCCCCAAGAAAGGAAAGCGCCAUAAGAAAUCCCUACAGAAUGCGACUGUUAAUGGAAAAGGAGAUCAUCGCUGAUACACUGUGGUGUGGUGUGGUGUAUCCAUCACCGGCAUCUCAAUAUAUAUCAUUACCAGCUCAAUGUUCAAUGUUUCACUAUUUACUUGGAGACUUGUUCACAAUCAGAAUCAAUUUUUUGUUAAGGAAAAAAGAAAAGUUUAUAAUCUGAUAUUUUAGUAUUACCCGUCCUUCCUUAUGUCUGAACUAUAUCUAUAUAUCUAUCUAGGCUAGGGGUCUCUCAUCUUUGGAAGGAUCAUACAAAAUUAACUGCAAUAUAAUAAAUAUUGGAUUCAUCAUCGUUGACCCCUUUCCUUGGCUUUACUUAUCCACAAGUUGCUGAUCCUAAACUUGUUCAUCCCUUGGUUUGCUCCUUUGACGAAAAUAUGGUUUCGGGGUAUGAUUUGAAACAUUGUUUGGACUGUAAAACAAACAUGUUUUAAAUUUAAAUCAGAUGCUUGAUUACGCUGGUCUAUACAAUUGGUUGUGUACAUACAUGGAACUUUCCUAGGAAUGUUCACUCCAAUUUUGCUUCUGGAAUAAAUAAUAAUAAUUCAUCGACUUUGACUGCAUAUAAGAAAAAUGAAAAUAUUGACAUUCUGGAAUAACAGAGUUUUCUUUAGCAGCCUUUGUUUCUAUGUUAUUCUUAAUGUUUACUAUCGAUAUUUCGAUAUAUGCUUAAUUUUAUUGGAAUUAAAAAGUUGUUAGGCUAAUAACCUUCAAAAAGAAAAAAAAAAGAGAAAAAAAAAGGAA